ACCCACACAAUCUUGGAUCUUGUGUCGCUACCGGCACUACACGGUGGCAAAAACAAAACUGAACACACUUCCAGCUAGCCACCAAUUACCUCACAAUCCAACACUUGACCACAAUCACAACCAACUUUUCAACAACUUGCUUUAUUUUGCACCAUGGGUAGCUGCCAAUCCUCUUCUUCUGCGUCUCCUUCAGCUUCUGAAGCCGCCGCGAAUGAUGUUGCCAAGCUUUUUGAGGAUCAUCCCACCAGUAGGAGCCCAAGUAUGAGCAUGAGUACUGCCACAGUCCGAGAGUCGGAAGAUGGUGGCAGCGUGGCUCCUCCAAUGACCGCCGCUGCCAGCAAAGCUCCUUCCCAUUCACGCUCCAAGCCAAGCAAACUUGAUACCAUCACUUCCUGGGGAGUCAUGGAAAUUCCCGCACUGCAAGAAAUGAUCAAGGCACAAUCACAGCAAGCACAACAGCAGGGAACAGCAACAGCAACAGCAACACAAGCCACGAGACAGUAAAUGCCUGUGUAUAACUGGGGUCAACCAAUCCUGUCAAGCAAGAAUCCAACAAGAAAAAGGAGUCAAGGCCAACAGACUGCUAGCACACCGUCCUCCCCGCCCUUCUAUCUUUCUACUUUCUACAGUGCACCAAGAACUUCAUACCCGCCGGAAUCGAAUCCACCAGCUGGCACAUAGUACACCAUUCCUUCAUUGAUGCAGCCAUGAUACCGCACCGUACGAGGCGUUGCAUCAGAGUAGUUCUUUCAAUUAAUAACAGAUAACAUACAUGUGCUUAGUAAUGACAUACAUGUCUGUG